AUGGCCUCCACCCCUCUCUCUGCACGCCGCUACUCGACCGAGAGCACCCAGUCGCAGCCCAACCUGAUCGGCAUCCCCUCGCCGCCGCACUCGGACCGCCACCAGUGCAGCCAGUGCCCCAGCAGCUUCCUGCGCCUCGAGCACCUCAAGCGCCAUGAACGCGACCACUGGGACAGCAAGCCCUACACCUGCCACCUGUGCGGCAAGGGCUUCACGCGAAGCGAUACCCUGAAGCGCCACGAGCACGUCCACGCCGCCGUCUCGUCCGACGGCGAGAAUGGCUCGUCCGUGUCGACCAGAUCGCACCGCGGCCGCCACUUCCGCGCCUGCCACAACUGCGCCCAGGCCCGCGCCCGCUGCUCCGGCGAGGACGUGUGCUCGCGCUGCCUGAGCAAGGCCCUGGAGUGCGAGUAUCCCAAGAAGCGCCGCCGCAGCCUGCAGAGCUCGCCCACCGGCUCCCGCAACCAGUUCGCCGCCCAGGACCCCGCCUGGAGCAUCGGCGAGCUGACGCUGAACACAAACACCAACUCGCCCCAGCACGUGAUGAUGGACAACGAUGCCCUGUCGUGCUACUCGUCCAGCAGCGACACGUACCCCAUGGCCGGCUACGGCCUGUCCGCCCAUGAUCUGCCCAACCUGUCGCCGCUCGAGAUCAACUACGAGCAGCUGGACAACGGCGGCCUGAUAUCCCCCGACAUUGACACCUUUGACAUGGGCCAGCCCUUCCCGCCCCACCCGCCGCCCGCCAUGGGCAUGACCAUGCACCCCGUUGCCGACGUGACCCAGCCCAUCAACUGGCUGCCCACGGCCUUCAGCGAAGAGAUCGACUACGCCGCCCUCUCGGGCGUGGGCGUGCCGCUGAAGAGCCCGGGCGCCAGGAUCGAUCAUCAUUUCCAGGAUGGCGGAGGAGGAGCCCCGCGUGUCCCCACCCCCGCAAUGGACUUUGCACAGCACCCCCACAGCCCCUCGCCCACCGGCCGCCGCGGGUCCCAGUCCCCGGCCCGAUCGACAGGCGGCUCCAGCAACUCGAGUGCCGAAAACAACACCAACCACGGCCGCUACUACGCCACCAGCUUCGACGGCGCGCGAAUACCCUUUGUGCGCGGCACCAAGCGCCGACGCUCGUUCAACGUGUCCAACUCGACCGAGCAGCCCGCCCGCUCGUCGCUGUUCCGCGACCAGUCGGCCGUCUACCAGUUCCCCGAGAUCUGCGUCCCCAUCGACAGCCUGCCGCCCGUGCCCGUCACGGGGCCCGCCAUGGACCUGAAGGCCUACGACCGCAUCGCCGACGCCUUCCGCCAGGUGUGCCACGGCCUGGGCACCACCUUCGUGCCGUUCAAGACGCUGGCCGUGCCCGGGCCCGCCCACCUCAAUUACUUCCUGCAGCUGUAUUACGAGCACUUCCACCCCAUCCUGCCCAUCCUGCACCUGCCGACCCUGAAGCUGAACGAGGACGAGUGGGUGCUCGGACUGGCCGCCGCCGCCAUUGGCUGCCGCUAUUCGGACUCCGAGGAGCUGUUGGGAUUCAUCCGACCCAUGACAGAGUUCCUGCGCCGGGUGGUCGUCAUGUCGGUCGAGCAUCACCCACCGCGCCAGAUGCCGCUCGGCGUGCUGCAGGCGCUGCUCCUGAACUCGAUAAACCUACAGUACAGCGGCUCCAGCCGAUUCGCCGACAGCGCGCUGAACGACUUCAGCCGGCUUGUCGAAGCGGUGCGGACGUGGAAGCUGCUUCCCCGGUCCGAGACACCCCCGCAGUCGUGGUCUGAGUGGGUGCGGGCUGAGGCUCGCAUCCGAUUGGGCUAUUCCAUAUGGAUGCUCGACUGCACACUGGCGUAUCAGAUGGACCAAAAGCCGUUCCUGAGUCUGGAAGACCUGCACGCGGCGCUGCCUUGCAACGAAGCCCUGUGGGCAGCGCCCCACGAAGAGGGCUGGGCUCAGCUCCGGCGCGACACGGAGCGUACUGCUUCCCUAGAAGACAUCUUCUCCGGGGCUCGGCCGCUGACGUAUUUUUCUUCUGCUGCAGGAAACCCGCCCAUCUCCGAGGCUGUGCACACGCUGUUCGUGCGCAAGGAGGUGAAGCCGGACGUGGGCGAGUUCAGCCGGGUGCUGCUCCUGCACGGCAUCUACCACGAGAUGUGGACGGUGGCGCGAUACCAACGGCGGUCGCUGGCAUCAUGGGUGCCGUCGGCGGCCGACGACGCCUCGACCGACUGCUACUACCGCACGGCGCCCGAGUACCAGGAACGGGCGCCGAACGCAGCGGCAGACCGCAGCGCGUACAUGCCGGAGAACGCGCUGUACUCGAAAUGGCGCAACGCGGCGUGUGACUGCCUGGACGUGCUGCACUGGGCGGCCAACGCGACGGUCGCGCAGCACUCUGGCUCGGAGCACAACACGAUAUGCCACCUGCACCUGUCUCGCGUCAUCCUGCUCACCCCGCUGUCGGAAAUUGUCAGCUUGGCCAAGUCCAUCACGUCAACAACGCCGAGCAACGGCAACAACAGCAACAGCACAAACAACGACGCCUACAACAACCGCCAAUCCCUCCCGCAGCUCACCAAACUCGAAGCCAAACUCUCCCUCUGGGUGUCCAAGGACCAGCACAAAGCCCGGCUCGCCGUCCUCCACGCCGGCGCCGUCUUCUGGCACGUCCGGCGCUUCUCCAAAGCCGCCUUCUACGAGCCGGGCGCCGUGUUCCUCUCCACCCUCGCGCUCUGGGCGUACGCGACGUACACGUCCCUCUCGCACGCCGGCUUCGGGGCCCUCACGGACUCGCGCAGCGGCAGCGAUUCGCCCAGCCCCGGAACCAUCUUCACCGCGUCCGACGACAUGGCCGCCGCGACGACAUCGUUCAGCGACGAUUUGGACGAACAACCCACGUUCAUCCGGCUCGACCGGCCCAACGACGAUGAGAUGGUGCAGUUGUUCGUGAGGAACGGCGAUCCGAGCCGUAUGAAGGCGCACGUGUCGGGCGUGGGCAAUUUGCUGGCUCCGAGCGGGCCGGAGAGGGUGUUGAGGGAGGGGUGUAGGAUCCUUUCGCGCAUGACGCUGACGUGGGGGGUGGCGAGCGAGCAUGUCAGGGUUUUGGCGAGUCUGAUUGAGGCGGGGAGCGGUGGUGGUGGUGGUGGUGGGGGCAGUCAGGGGAGUGCGGGGAGUGUGGUGGCGAGCGUGCCGAGUGUGAGGGGGCCGCCGUCGUAA